AUGGACGAUAUCAUUUUGGCUGGCAAUGACUCUGCUGCAUGUGCCCAGCUCAAAGCUUAUCUUAACUCUUGUUUCAAAAUAAAGGAUCUUGGUGCUUUUAAAUAUUUCAUUGGCAUAGAAAUUGUAAGGGCGCCCACUGGCUUGUUUUUAAGCCAAUGUAAAUACGCUAUGGAUGUUCUGAUAGAAGUUGGUCUCCUUGGAUGUUGCUCAUUUGAACUUCCUAUUGAACAAAAUAUCUGCUUAGCCUUAGCCUCCGGUUCUGAUUGUGAUGACCUUUCUCGUUAUCUUCGCUUAAUUGGCAAAUUGGUAUACCUCACUAUUACUCGGCCUGAUAUUAGCUAUGUUGUGCAUACUUUGUCCCAGUUCAUGCAAUAG